AUGGAAAUAGAAAAGAACAGUCUUCUUUCUGUAUCAGAAUCGUUGAUAUCUAAUUUACAAGCACAAAAUCAACAAAGUAAUAGUAACAAUGCAGAUACUCAUAAUCACAUCAAUAAAGCUAUCAAAACGUAUGGAGAUGAAGAGCUAGAUCAUAAAAAUAUAUUUCCUUCAGUUAUGUAUGCUCAUUUAUGUCAAACGGAAUCGGAAUCAGCAGAAGACGAUAGAAGCAACCAAACAAAGAAAAUAUUGCAAUAUUAUCCACAAAAUCAGUUUCAUAGUUCAAUUAACUCGCGCGCAACUUCCCCAUCAAGAACACACUAUGCACCACUUCAUUUUCCAACACAACAAAUUUAUAAUGGACACGUAAGCAAUCUUAAUGAUGAAUAUCUAAGCAAUGAAUAUCGAUUAAGGGAUAUAUGGCCACACGAUACUUUAAUAGAGGAACCUCCAUCAGCAUUAGGUAAAGAUUUUCGUAGCGAACGUUCAUCUUUUGUAGAAUUUUCUAAGCAAGGACAUUCCUACUACAGACUAAGUACUAAUUCCUCACUAUCGCCGACAUCUCAAUUAGUUAAAAGAGAAUUUAAUGAAGUCGGUUGGCAUCAUCCAUACAGUUUUUCAGAUCAUCAGAUUUAUGCACCAUCUCCAUCGACUACAUUAUAUCAACAACAACCUGAUUCAACAUCAUCCUUACAUCAUCAGACCACUAAUUCUGAAAUGGUUUAUUAUAAUAAUUCAGAUUCUUCAGAUUUUGUAACAACAACAUCCAACUCACAUCUUACAACACCAACAAGUACUCAUCAACUUCAAAGCAAUAAUUUAAAUUCACCAUCUAUUAAUUUCCAACAACGUCGUGGAUCGCUUCAACUGUGGCAAUUUCUUAUUGCUCUUCUUGACGAACCUUCAUCAAAUAGUUCAUGCAUAACGUGGACAGGAAGAGGUAUGGAAUUCAAGCUAAUUGAGCCUGAAGAAGUUGCAAGAAGAUGGGGAGUUCAGAAAAAUAGACCAGCAAUGAAUUAUGACAAACUUUCAAGGAGCCUACGAUAUUAUUACGAAAAAGGAAUUAUGCAGAAGGUUGCAGGCGAGAGAUACGUUUACAAAUUUGUUUGCAGUCCGGAAGCUCUUUUUAAUAUGGCUUACACAAAUGCAUCAGAAUCAAAUCGUUCUUCUGUUGAAAAAACUUCUUAUUUUAAUCAAAGUUAUACUCCUACGUCAUAAGUUUAGAAAUCCAAUUGAAUAAAUAAAAAU